AUGUUGCUACAAGUGAAUGUUACCACUGCAGCUACUUUGCUAGUAGCGUUCCUACUGUUGAUCUCAUCUUACAAUGUUCAGUUUGCUUCUUGUUCCCAUUCUUUUUCAUUGACUACUUAUGAACAGCAAGUAGUAGCUGAAGAAGAAGUAGAUGCUCUUUUGAAAUGGAAAUCAACACUUGAUAACCAAAAUCAUUCUCUCCUCUCUUCUUGGAAUAGAAAUUCCACUGCGAGUACAACGAGUCCGUGCAAGUGGUAUGGAAUCACCUGUGACAAUGAGGGUAGCGUCACGGAAUUGAACGUAAUGGGUUUGGGUUUACAAGGUACGCUCAAUAGUUUCAACUUUUCAUCUUUCUCAAAUCUUGUUAUUCUUGACUUGAGCAAGAACAACCUCUUCGAAACCAUUCCGUCCAAAAUUAGUAAUUCUUCAAAACUCACCCACCUUGAUCUUUCUGCCAAUAAAUUUUCUGGACAUAUUCCACCAGAAAUAGGUUAUCUUACAGGUCUACGAUAUUUGUCCCUGUAUAAUAACAAACUUUCUGGUAUCAUUCCUCAAGAUAUUGGAAGGCUACGUUCUCUUACAAGCUUUGAUUCGUCUCUAAACCAACUCACUGGUUCUAUCCCUGCUUCUGUGGGUAACUUGAGAAAUUUAACUCGUUUAUGUCUUUCUUUUAAUCAAUUAACUGGUUCUGUACCGAUAGGAAUCAACAAUCUUACACAGUUGAAACAACUGGUAUUGAGUCAUAACAAGUUUUCGGGUUAUUUACCACAAAAUGUAUGUCAGAACGGAACACUUGAAGUAUUUGAGGCAAGUUAUAACCAUUUCGCAGGUUCUAUACCAAGAAGCCUUAGAAAUUGCACCAGCCUUCGGAAACUCGAGCUUUCAUAUAAUGAAUUGGUUGAUAAUCUAACAGAAGCGUUUCACGUGUAUCCGAAUCUUUAUAGAUUUAGUGUGCGAAAAAAUAUGUUGUAUGGUGAGCUCUCAAAAAACUGGGGGGAUUGUCAAAAGUUGACAAUUCUAGGUCUCUCAAUGAACAAUAUCACCGGUAGAAUACCAUCUGAAAUCGGAAAAUUGAAGAAUUUAACUGAACUUUAUAUGCAUUCAAAUAACUUAGUUGGGGAAAUUCCUAAUGAGUUAUUUAAAUUGUCUUUAUUGAGCAAGUUGAUUUUGCAUGAUAACCAACUUUCUGGUAGGUUGUCAUCUGGAAUUGGAAUACUAUCCAACCUGCAAAAGCUCGACUUAUCAACGAAUAAACUCAUUGGAUCAAUACCCAAACAAUUAGGGGAGUGUACAAACUUACUAUCUUUGGAUUUGAGCAGAAACAAUUUUACUGAAAACAUACCACCCCAAAUUGGAAACUUGGAUUCAUUACAGAUUUUGUUAGAUCUUAGUUACAAUGAAUUGAGUGGAGAGAUACCAUCAUCUCUCGGUAGCUUAAACAAGCUGGAAAGGUUAAAUUUAUCUCACAACAAGUUUUUCGGUUCAGUUCCAUCUUCAUUUGAUCAAAUGCUUAGCUUAAGGGUUGUCAAUAUUUCUUACAAUGAAUUGAGCGGUCCUAUUCCAAAUAUCAAGGCUUUUAAGGAUGCUCCAAUUCAUGCAUUCAAGAACAACAAAAGGUUAUGUGGUUAUAACGUUAUUGGUUUAAAACCAUGUAACUUUUCGGUUGCGAUGGGAAGAAAAGAAGCCAAACAUAAUAAGCUUUUGCUCGUAAUCCUACUUCCUUUGUUUGGUUCAGCGUUUCUUCUGCUCGUACUUCUCGCCAUUUUGUUUCGCCUUCGAAGAAGAUCAGUAGGAAAUGCCCCGCCUACAUAUGAACCUAGAUUUACUAAUACCAGAAGAAAUUUAUUUUCGAUUUGGAAUUACGAUGGAAAAAUAAUGUAUGAAGACAUAAUUGAAGCAACCGAAAAUUUUGAUACUAAAUACUGCAUUGGAACGGGAGGAUACGGAAGUGUUUACAAAGCAGAGUUGUCAAAAGGUCGAGUUUUUGCUGUGAAGAAACUUCACUCAUCAGAUGAUGAUUCUGAAAAUUUUGAUCUCAAGUCAUUUGAAAGUGAAAUUCGUGCACUGACAGAAAUCCGACACCGGAACAUUGUGAAACUUUUUGGUUUUUGUUAUGAUCUUGAAAGGCGGAUCGCAUUUUUGGUCUAA